AUGUGGAGGGCAUUCAAUGAAACAUUUUCAUCGUUAGCUCAAUUACUCAAUGCGACGAUUGUUUCAGGUACAUUUGGUCCGAGAAUUAUUAAAUCUACCGAUCCAGAAGAUAUUCAAUUCUAUGGUGAUCCUGAUCUUUAUCCGAAUCAAACCGAAGUCUAUCUACCAUUAACAAAAGAUAUUUAUAAUACGGUUCAUGUUUAUGCGCCAAAUGGUAGUCUAAUUGCCAGUCGGGAUAAAUAUCAUUUAACUUCAGAAGAGACUGAAUUAUUACAACUGACACCAGGAAAACUCGAAGAGAAUCGUGUCAUUGAACCCAAUAAUUUAUGUAUCGCCAUCUGUUUGGAUGCUUUUUUCUUGGAUAUUUUGUCGUAUCUUGAUUCUCAAAACUGCACCAUACUCAUUCAACCUUCAUAUAAUGUUGCUAUGUGGGCGUCAAAUAUCUCCUCGGAAUCUUCAGUCUGGCAACCACUUGAUUGGACAACGGGUCCAUUAGCUCUGUUUGAAAAAACACGAAAUAUUCAAUUUUCUAUUAAUCCAAUGGUCACUGGAAAUCUAUUUAGUGAUAUGAUCGUUGAUGGACAGUCGACAAUCAAUCAACGUCUAUCAAGCAGAAUAAGACCAUUAAAAAGACAAGAUUAUUUAUAUAUUGGUUUGGAUCUCGAUGAUGUGCAGGAUAUCAGUGAAUUUCAAACAUUAGCAUUGGCUCAAUGGGCUCAGGAUGAUCCAAGAGAAGCCAAUUUAACGAAACAAGAAAGACAAGAACUACUCCAUCAGUAUGCCCUGGAAUUGGCUCCUAAUUCAAAGUCAAAAUAUGAAAAUCAAUAUGUUGACACAAUCAUAUGGAUUGAUGUGACACUCUAG